GUUUGAGUCCCACGGUCGGACCGGUCCAUUACUCCCGUGGGCACAGUCAGGUUAUAGUGUCUGGGUCUGUGUUCCCGUGGACGUGUACCGACGACCAACUACUUUCACAUCUGUGGGACACAAGGGAUACAGCGUUGUUCUUGUCGGUUUCAUGCUAUGAUGACUUCCAUACAUCGCACCACCAUCUCGUGAUUCUUUUCUCCGCCCCAAGUCUACGUGCGCUGGGUUUCACUUCGGAACGUACGGCUCGGACGGACUCGCAGGCAACCUGUUGGAUUAGAAGCAGACAAUCAUAAUAUAGAAACAGACUGUUUUUGGAACUGAAGAAACUUCAAUACUAUACUACUGUUUAAUCUCUUGAUGAUUGGGUGCCAAUCAGUUCAUUGGUCAUAGUGGAGGUUUGAGGGACAAGUGAGAUUUUUCGGAUACCACUACACUGUGUCCAGUGCCUUGAAGUCCGCCACUUUGGCAGUGCCUUGUGAUUUACUGUCCAAUAUUUGAAUUAUUCAUUCAAUUAAAUGUGUGUGUUCUUAAUAAUCUUACGACCGUCGGUGGUAAAAGAGAGUUGCUGCUAGCCCAAGCGUAGUACACUCAGAGCUCUUCAACGGUUGUCGAAUCCAGCUCUACAGUUGACUGAUUGAUUGAUUUUUUAAAAAAAAAUCGAUACUCGGUAACUGAGGCGUGAGAUCGAAUCUGGAAGUUUCGGGAGUUGGUUCGAUGCUGUGACGUGGUGCAGUCAACUCCCGUGGCAGCUCAUCGAUCUCUCACGUCACCCAUGAUGACCCAGACAGAUGUGACGUCGUCGGCCUCUACCACGUCAUCAUCCAGAGAGCUGAGCCCCGAUGGGAUGGAGGACAAGGCGAACUACAGAAAGGUGAGUGACAGGUAGGCAGGUAGUAGGCGGGCAGAAAUGGAACCACGACACAUUGUGAUUAGCCUACCUUUUGGUUCAGGUGUUCUUGAUCUGUACUAUCAGAGCCGUUAGAACAAAAAGACCAGACGAUGACGUCACUGAUUUUCACUUCGUGGUUGAAAUAACUUUUGGUGUACUGAUAGUGUCAUAAUCAUGAAGGACUGAGGGUAUGAUAAUCAUUCAUGAAGGACAGAGGGUAUGCUAAUCAUGAAGGACUGAGGGUAUGAUAAUCAUGCAGGACUGAGGGUAUGAUAAUCAUGAAGGACUGAGGGUAUGAUAAUCAUUCAUGAAGGACAGAGGGUAUGAUAAUCAUGAAGGACUGAGGGUAUGAUAAUCAUGAAGGCCUGGGGGUAUGAUAAUCAUUCAUGAAGGACUGAGGGUCUGAUAAUCAUGCAGGACUGAGGGUAUGAUAAUCAUGAAGGACUCAGGGUAUGACAGUCAUUCAUGACCUACUGAGGGUAUGAUAAUCAUUCAAUGAAGGACUGAUGGAAGAUAAACAUGAAGAACUGAGGGUAUGAUGAUUAUGAAGGACUGAGGGUAUGACAGUCAUUAAGGACUGAGGGUAUGAUAAUCAUGCAUGACUGAGGGUAUGAUAAUCAUGAAUGACUGAGGGUAUGAAAAUCAUGAAGACCUGAGGGUAUGAUAAUCAUGACUGAGAGUAUGAUAAUCAUGACUGAUGGUAUGAUAUCAUGAAGGACUGAGGGUAUGAUAAUCAUGAAGGCAUGAUGGUAUGAUAAUCAUGAAGGACUGAGUGUAUGAUAGUCAUGAAGGACUGAGGGUAUGAUAAUCAUGAAGGACUGGGGGUAUGAUAAUCAUGAAUGACUGAGGGUAUGAUAAUCAUUCAUGAAGGACUGAAGGUAUGAUAGUCAUUCAUGAAGGACUGAUAGUAUGAUUAUCAUUCAUGAAGGAUUGAGGGUAUGAUAAUCAUGAAGGACUUAAGGUAUGAUAAUCAUGAAGGACUGAUUGUAUGAUAAUCGUGAAGGACUCGGGGUAUGAUAAUCCUAAAGGACUUAGGGUAUGAUAAUCUUAAAGGACUCAGGGUAUGGUAAUCCUAAAGGACUAAGGGUAUGAUGCAUCUCUUCAAGAAUAUGUUACACACAUUGUUGUUUGUUUGGUUGGUUGUUUUUCUCUCUUCCAUUUUUAAGAGCUCAGCAAAAUCAACAAUAUAUACAACAUCAACAUUAAUAACAGCUACAAUAUCAACAACAGCUACAAUAUCAACAAUAGCUACAAUAUCAACUUUAAAAACAGCUACAAUAUCAACAAUAGCUACAAUAUUUACUGUAAGUAAUGUUGUAUUUUCUAGAGGUAAAAUGUAACACUGUUACAGUGGAAUCCGGAGCUCAAACAGCACAUAAUACACCCUACAAACAGCACACAUUACAAACAGCACACAUUACAAACUGCACACAUUACAAACAGCACACAUUACAAACAGCACACAGUUCAAACAGCACAUGUCUACUACACUUAUACAUAGAAACGCGCAAGUUAACCGUCUUGUAGUAUGGGUGUUUCUUUCAGAGACUUGUUAGUUGGACUUGGGUUACGUCACUUUGGAGAUGGCGUCUGUCGGUGGGUCGUCGAGCGCGAGCUCAUAAUACACCCCUCCCCCCCGGCACACUCCCAGACGGGCUGACGUCGGGUCUCCCGGCCGCCAGGCCAUGCGGAAGCAUGCCGGGAACCUCCCCCAUGGCCUGGGAGACGUCCGGUCGACUGAAAACACUGCAUUUAAAGCGUUCGCGGUCCACUCUCCUUGGGUCUAAACGGCUUUGCUUCCUCUCCGGGGGCAAGGUGUUGCGUCCCCCCCCCACCGUCCAGGGAGUUGUCCGGUCGAGAAGAAAGCUGGGACGAAGCGGUCGCCUAGGAGCGGCUUUCUCAGGGCCGCGUAGCUAAAAUAAUCGAAAUGGGUUUUUACCGCCACCCAGACCUCAAAUCCAUUAACGGCAACAAGUAAUCAUGUUAUUGCGUUACUCCCGUUGCGUUUUCAGCUUCAGGAUGGAACCCUCUAGUCUGCCACGCCACGAAGAGGCAAAACCCCAUGUGGACGCCUCCAAGUUUCCUCGGAGACGCUUCAGCUGUAGCUGAACACACGGCUACUCAUACUAAUAACGUCACUUUGGAGAUGGUGUUGGUGGGUCAUCGAGUUUGCACUCAUAAUAUCCCCCCCCGGCACUCCCCCACACGGGCCAGAGGUGAGACUCCAAACCGUGCGGAAGCGCGCCAGGAACCUCCCUCCUGGUUCUGAGGGACAUCCGGUCGACCGAAAACGCUGCGUUUAUUAAAGCGUCCGCAGUCCACUCUCCUAUGGGUCAGGACGGCUUUACUUCCUCUCCGGAGAGGUGGUGUUGCGUUACCACUCCCCACCGCCCAGGGAGCUGUCCGGUCGGGACGUAGCGGGGACGAAACGGUCGCCUAGGGGCGGCUUUCUCAGGGCCGCGUCUUUUUAAUCAUUGACAAGGGUUUACGGCAAAAGUAACCAUAUUAGUGCGAGCCUUCCGUUGCGUUGGAAGGUCAUGCAAGUGGGUCGGUAUUGUUUAGCUUCGGGGAGUCCCCCCCCCCCCCCUCUACUAGUCGUCCACGCCACGAAGAGGCAAAAUCCCAUGUGGCACCACCGCCUAGAGGCGUUCGGCCACUUCACCGCAAACAUACAUAGAUAGCGCUUUCACUUAAGGUCAAUUAAUUUUUGGUGUACGUUUACAAAUGAUAGGCAUGAAUCUUGCAACGGUCUGCCUAGAAGGUAGCAAAGUGGGGAGGGGGGGAGUUUACGGGGGGAGGGGGAGGCCUUCGUAUCCAUGGCCGCAUAGCAGUUUAUGUAUUUCCUUGUCUAACUGUAUCUCUCCUCUCUUACCCUCUCACAGAGCAACAAGCCCCUGAUGGAGAAGAAGAGAAGAGCCCGAAUCAACUCAUGUCUCUCACAGCUCAAGUCUCUGGUACUCCAGGCCAUGAAGAAAGAUGUAAGUAGCCAAUCAACACUGUCUUCUUAUUACAACAGAUAGGUGAUUUUUUUUUUUGUUGGGUGGGCCGACAGACCCAGAGUCUUCGGGUGGGGGUGGGUGGGGGGGGGUUGGGGGAGAGAGAGAGAUUGUUUGAAAGAGUACUGAUCUUAGGAUUGGUAGAGGGGAGGGGGUAGGGUUGGAAAAAUGACAGGGAGAAAGUUGAAAUGUCUGUUUAAAAACACUUGUACAUGUCCAUCCAUUCUAACUCCAUAACACCAAACCUCUUAAGGUCACCAAGGUCAAGGGUUAGAUGCCAUCGAAAAGUAAGCAUUCCCGUUUCCAACCACACUUCCAAGGGGGGCAGUAACCACACACCCCUCCCCCCACCCCGAUGGACAUCUCCUCAGUCAUUAAUCACGACCGCCAGUCGAUACCCGGGUGUCUGCAUGAAAUGUUUGCCCCCUAAACUCCUGGCUUGUUUGUAGGAAAUACAAACAUGUGUUAUCUACGAUCUUUUUGAAUUUUAUGAUCCCCUCGGGGUCUAUUUGGUGACUCGGGGUCCGCGCGGACACUGCGGUAGCCGGGAACAUAGCGGUUAGUGAGUGGGACUGAUUGCGGUCUCCCUGACUGAUUGCGGUCUCCCUGACUGAUUGCGGUCUCCCUGACUGAUUGCGGUCUCCCUGACUGAUUGUGGUCCCCAUUUAUCCUGAUUCUCGUUAAUAAAUUUUGAACGGUUAAUCUUUCAAUAGAAACAAAUUCGGUCGUGGACCCCCGAUGACCCCCCCCCCAGUCCUAACUUGUGUUGCCGUACACGUUAUGAGUAAAAAACACAAUGUGAUGGCCUUGACCUUCCCUUUAGCUUACGGGGGCUCGUUCUGUGGGGAAUUGAAGUGAGGCCCAGGUUAUUAAACUGUGAGAGAGUGGUCGAGUCUCGGGGACAGAUUAGGUGUUUGCGUGUUAGAGAUGAAAGGCGUGAGUUUGAAACCACUUCGGGGACGGGAUUGUUGAUACGUGGUGGCCUGAUUGUUGAUAUUUCUGACGAGGGUCGUGAGAAGAGGGUUGACGUUGAAGAAAAAUGCGGUCCUACCCCGACCACUACCUAACACGUCUAAACAUUUCGACUCCCAUAAAGCUUCAGUAGAUUUAAAGGCAGUGGAUAUUGAUAGGCCUCUAUUUCAUGACAGAAUAGCUUCGGCUCAGGGGCGUAGCCAGAGUUAGCGACGCCCUGACUACGCGAUUGCUUCAGCUACACAUCUAUGGAGUAAAAAAAAAAAAAAAGGUUCAUUGAAUUUAUAUUAAAUUUUACAUACUAUAUAUUAUAUACCAUACUAUAUAUUAUAUACCAUACUAUAUAUUAUAUACCAUACUAUAUAUUAUAUACCAUACUAUAUAUUAUAUACCAUACUAUAUAUUAUAUACCAUACUAUCAUGGGCGCCCGCAGGGGGGGCAAGUGAGGAGGGGCACUUGCCCCCCCCCCCUGGAUUGAUUGGAUAAAAAAAUUUAGACAAAAAUAGACAAAAAAUGUAUUAAAGUAAAGAGAAAAUAAAGAGAAAGUAACUAAGCUGAUGUCCUGUCCGUUCGUUCACCAUACAAAUACGCUACAGUAAAUUAAUAGACAAAAAAUGUAUUAAAGUAAAGAGAAAAUAAAGAGAAAGUAACUAAGCUGAUGUCCUGUCCGUUCGUUCACCAUACAAAUACGCUACAGUAAAUUAAAACUAUAUUAAAACAUUACUAAAAAAUGUUUCCCCCCCCCCGGAAAGUUUUCUGUGGGCGCCCAUGCAUACUAUAUAUUAUAUACCAUACUACACCAUACUAUAUCAUACCGUACUACACCAUACUACACCAUACUAUAUCAUACCGUACUAUACCAUACUACACCAUACUAUAUCAUACCGUACUAUACCAUACUACACCAUACUAUAUCAUACCGUACUAUACCAUACUACACCAUACUAUAUCAUACCGUACUAUACCAAACUACACCAUACUAUAUCAUACCGUACUAUACCAUACUACACCAUACAAUAUCAUACCGUACUAUACCAUACUACACCAUACUACACCAUACAAUAUCAUACCGUACUAUACCAUACUACACCAUACAAUAUCAUACCGUACUAUACCAUACUGCACCAUACUAUAUCAUACCGUACUAUACCAUACUACACCAUACUAUUCAUACCGUACUAUACCAUACUACACCAUACUAUUCAUACCGUACUAUACCAUAAUAUGCCAUAUGUAUUGAAUAAAACGAAACGGGAAAGAACAAGUUCCGGGCACAUAGCUAUAAUUUCAGGGUAUUCUACUUUUACAAGUAUUGCACUCAAUGAUGAGACGUCCAUUGGCAAGAUAUAACAACUGUGUUGUGCUCAAGUCGAAAAUUCCAGUAGUCUAAAAGCAAAGGGCGGAAGGACGAACUAAUGUCAACAUUUGUUCUUAUAGUACUCUAUGUGUGUUUGUUUGUGUUAUAGCUGUACUUGUCUCUACCAACGAAACUAACAAGGACCACUGCCAAACAUUUCAGAACUCCCAGUACUCCAAGCUGGAGAAGGCUGACAUACUGGAGCUGACGGUCAAACAUUUGAAAAACGUGCAGAGAUUUCAGAUCAAUGGUCAGUUUAUGUUGUAGUUCAUGUGUUUAUUUGUUGUAGGCCCUGUGUUCAUUUGUGGUAGGCCCUGUGUUCUUUUGUUGUAGACCCUGUGUUCAUUUGUUGUAGGUCAUGUGUUCAUUUGUGGUAGGCCCUGUGUUCAUUUGUUGUAGGUCAUGUGUUCAUUUGUGGUAGGCCCUGUGUUCCUUUGUUGUAGGUCAUGUGUUCUUUUGUGGUAGGCCCUGUGUUUUUUGUAUGUGAUGUUUUCAUUUGUUGUAUGUCAUGUUUUCAUUUGUUGUAUGGCAUGUGUUAAUUUGUUGUAGAGCUUUUGUUCAUUUGUUAUAGGUCAUGUAUUCAUUUGUUGUAGAUCCUGUGUUCAUUUGUUAUAGGUCAUGUGUUCAUUAGUUGUAGGUCAUGUUUUCAUUUGUUGUAUGUCAUGUGUUAAUUUGUUGUAGGCCCUGUGUGUUCAUUUGUUGUAUGUCAUGUGUUAAUUUGUUGUAGGCCCCGUGUGUUCAUUUGUUGUAGGUCAUGUGUUCAUUUGUUGUAUGUCAUGUGUUCAUUUGUUGUAGGCCCUGUGUGUUCUUUUGUUGUAGGUUUUUUUCACAUUAGUUUUUCUAUUCGGCCAUACAUUUGGCAACAUAACGUUUUCAUUUUUCAUCCGUAUAUUUAGUUGUAAUGUAGCUUUUGUCAAGCUUAUUCUAGCCUUAAAUAAUGGUAUGUUAACAAUGCCCCUAUCUACCAAUGCUCUGGCUAUCAAUGCCCCAAGGCUAACAAUGCCCCUGUCUACCAAUGCCCUGGCUACCAAAACCCCAGACUACCAAUGCCACAGUCUAACAAUGCCCCUGGCUACCAAUGCCCCAGGCUAACAAUGCCCCUGUUUACCAAUGCCCUGGCUACCAAAGCCCCAGGCUAACAAUGCCCUGUCCACCAAUGCCCUGGCUACCAAAGCCCCAGACUACCAAUGCCACAGUCUAAUAAUGCCAUAGACUACCAAUGCCCCUGUCUACGAAUGUCCUGGCAACCAAUGCCCCACACUACCAAUGCCCCAUUUCAAUGUAUUUAAAUAUUUACUUUUUCCUCCUGGCAAAUAUACAGAGUUAUCCCCACAUGUCUUGAGCAUAUGAGGCUGUCCUAAUCUUUUAUCCUGAUGAAUAGAAUAGUGAGGGAAAUCAUGUUUUAAUUUAUGUUUCUCCUUGAUUCUCCAGGAAUGUACCAGGUUCCAGAUUCCAUCACCAAGUACAGGGCCGGGUUCAACGAAUGUGCCAACGAGGUGAUGCGCUACCUGACCGAGUCCCAGGGCGUCAAUGACGACGCACGGGCUCGCAUCCUGUCUCACCUGGCCUCCAUCCUCACACCUCUGAACACCCUGCCGAUCCAGCAGGGCCACACCCCGAUUCUCCCUGCACCAUCUCAUCAACAGCAGCUGCAGCAGCUUCAACAGCUUCAGCUACACCAUCAACAGCAGCAACAGCAGCAACAACAGCAAGGGGUGUUUCUGACAAGCCCGACACAAAUUUUGACCAUAGACACCAACAACAACCAGCCCAUGGUCUCCGCCUACCACAACGCCAGCACCGCUGUGGAUAAAAAGAAUGUCCUGUCGACUGCAGACUCGCCAACAGCCUUUCAGUCUCCCAUAGCAACGGGCGGAAGCCCCAGCAUGGGCACACAGCUCCCAUGUAUAGCUACCAUGGCAACCACCCAGCUCCAUCUUGUGCCCAGUACUCUCCCCUCAGGCCAGAUGGCACUGGUGUUGGCUCCCCAUGCCAUGCCAGCUGUGAACUUGUAUGCCAACCAACAGAUGGGCCGACAGCACAUUUCCCAGGAAUAUGCAAAAAUAGGUCACAGUGCCAUCAAACUAGAACCGAACCAUGGAACCCCACAGCAGCAUUUCCCCGCCCCAGAAGAAGCAUUGAGGCUUUUGUCAAACACCAGCCCUGUCGCCUUGGUGACAAAGUCUUCCAGGUCACAUCACAGGACUGACCACUCAAAAACUGGACCUUACAAAUGUCCAGCCUCGCCUUACUUGGUCAGGUCUUCCUCAACCCAUCUCUCCUCAUCGCCCACAUCAUAUGACCAAAGACAAUCUCAUGCUGGCCAACGACAAUCUCAAUCUGAUCCAAGACAAUCUCAUCCUGACCAACAACAAUCUCAAUCUAUCCCAAGACAAUCUCAGGCUGACCCAAGACAAUCUCAGGCUGACCCAAGACAAUCUCUGGCCGACCCAAGACAAUCUCAGGCUGACCCAAGACAAUCUCUGGCCGACCCAAGACAAUCUCAGGCCGACCUAAGACAAUCUCAGGCUGACCCAAGACAAUCCCAGGCCGAUGGCUCCAACUACCCCACCGCAUCAGCCUCAGCGACCCCAAAGUUUCCAUUGAGCUCUGUCAUCUACAACUACAACAACAGCGUCCACAACAACACCGGUUCAUACAACAAUGUUGUGAGGGCCACUUCUACCUGGAGGCCAUGGUGAUGCUAACAACACAGACAAACAUUUGACUAAACAAUUACAUCAUCUUUAACAUUUCUUUCAUAUGCAUACAUGAUCAAACUAUCUGAACAUUGCUCACCUGCCAGUCUCUUGUUAUUUCUAUCAUCAAAAGGGGGCCUUAGAAUGAACAAAAUAAUUUGAAUGCUCUUGAACUUUCCUUUUGGUUGACAUUGGGGAUGUGAGACUCGAGGGUUGUGUAAAUCAAGAAUUCUGUGUGAAUCAAGGAUUGGAUGUAAAUCAAGUAUAUUGAUGUAAAUCAAAUAUUGGGUGUUGAUCAAGGAUUGGGUGUUAAUAAAAGAUUGUUUAUGAUUCCUGAACGGUGUGUGUCUAUGACUUCUGGGAGGGUGUGUGUGUGUUGCACAAGCUUCAUACUUUCUCAAGUGUUGACCACUGUUGCCUUACCAGAUCAUAAGGCCUUAACUUUGGUUGUUGUUGAAAGACCAGGGGAUCAAUUGAAUGACCAAUUUGUCAUUUCCAGAUAUUUUUUUUCAUGUGAAUAUUUGUCUGAGAAACUAUGCCUUUGGGGAGGAGUCUGAGAAAUUAUGCCUUUGGGGGAGGAGUCAGAGAAACUAUGCCUUUGGGCUUUGGGGGAGGAGUCUGAGAAACUA